GGGUUUUUUACUUCAGCAAAAUGCUUAAACUCCUCAGGCUUAGUCCCUCUCGGAUCAAAGAUCUUCUCUUGAUAUGUUCCCUUUUGAUUUCCCUUUAUCUCGUAUUCUUCCACCCCCAGCCACCUCUCCCACUCGCCGUUCCCACCUCACCGCGUCCCCCCACGCGCCGCCAUCACAUCCUUUUCUCCAUCGCUUCCUCAUCCAACUCUUUCCCCCGCCGGAGCUCCUACAUUCGCCUUUGGUACAAUCUACACGACACCCGCGCCAUCGCUUUCCUCGACCAACCGUUAUCCUCUCCCGCCGGCCCUGAUCUCCCUCCUGUUGUAGUGUCCGGCGAUACUAGGUCGUUCCCUUACACCUUCAAGAGCGGUCUCCGUUCAGCUAUUCGCGUGGCGCGUGUGGUAAAAGAAGCGGUUGACCGUAACGAAACGGGAAUCAGGUGGUUCGUGUUCGGGGACGACGAUACAAUCUUCGUGGUUGAAAAUUUGGUGAAAGUGCUUUCGAAAUACGAUCACGACAAGUGGUACUACGUCGGGAGCAGUUCGGAGAGUUACGAGCAAAAUGUGAAGUACUCUUUUGGCAUGGCGUUUGGUGGGGGAGGGUUUGCUAUCAGUUACUCCUUGGGAAAGGUUUUAGCUAGGGUUUUGGACUCUUGCCUGAUGAGGUAUGGUCACUUGUACGGAAGCGAUUCUAGGGUUUGGGCUUGUUUGGCUGAGCUUGGUGUAGUCUUGAUUCAUGAACCUGGCUUCCAUCAGGUUGACAUGCGGGGUAAUGUUUUUGGGAUGCUUACAGCGCACCCAUUAUCACCUCUUGUGUCUCUUCAUCAUUUGGAUGCUAUGGACCCAAUCUUCCCUAACAUGGACAAGACUAGAGCUUGGGAACACUUCUUUAAAGCUGUGAAUGUUGAUUCUUCUCGGAUUUUGCAGCAAACUGUCUGCUAUGAUCAUUUCAAUUCAUUGACCGUUUCAGUUGCAUGGGGUUAUGCUAUUCAGGUAUAUGAGGGCAAUCAACUACUCCCUGACCUCCUUUCACUACCGAAAACUUUUUCUUCGUGGAAACGAGGUGCGAGAGUUGAGGCUAACUUUAUGUUCAAUACAAGAGAAUAUCCGAGAGAUUCAUGUGAAAGACCACUAGUAUAUUACCUAGAAAGUGGUGUAUCAGACAACGAUGUUAUCUGGAGCAACUAUACUGGGCGUCCUGAUGGAAAGUGCCUGAGAAGUGAUGCAAUAAAGAACCUCAAAGAAAUCAGAGUGGUAUCACAGAAGCUAGAGCUUGAUAUUGAGCAGAUGAUGGCUCCUCGUCGGCAGUGCUGUGAGAUUUCAGCUUUGCAUAAUGAAUUAAUGGUUAUCAACAUUAGAAAAUGCGGAGCUGAUGAAUUGAUUUCCAUGAACGGUUAAUCCUUCUGCAAGGAUGACUGCUGUUGUGGAAAAAAUGAAACAGGGACAAAGCAUGCGGAACAUCAAUUUGCUCACUUCAUGCUGUUAACUGUGUCUGUGAGGAGAGGAAAUUCAUUACUAAAGCGGACCUUGGACCUUUUGUUUAUCAUUGAAGAGUUUGAUAAACGGUGACCAUGGAUGUGACUGCUUUUUGUUAAAUUGCUUGGCCUAAUUAAUUGAGAUUACAUUUGGAAUUGAUCAGAGGAGGCAUCAGGUAUGUGAAGAAAGGUGCAAACCGAUGAGUUAACGCAUCAUGGAAAAAUGCAUACGCCUUGUAUUUGUAACCUGUAUGUCUUGUGAAAUAAUUGAAGUGUUCAUUAAAAGAAAAUAGUGUUUAUUAUAUUUUUAAUGCCUUGUAGCCGAUAUCCAAUCGAUGAGAA